CUUGCAGAACGUACUCGAAUACAAUGGAACACUCUGGAAAACCCUAUGUCUCCUUUAAUAUCUCUCCUGAGACCUCUGUUCCUUCCCAUCCUUACGCAUACAACAUUUCAACCAGCAAAAUUUUCGCCAGUUUCUCCCAAAGCUCUCUUUCAAGUUUCACAAGAGUUUUUUCGAACUUCUUCUUUUGGCUUUCGCAAUUUGUUUUGACUGUUGAGGGAAGGCAGUUAUGGCCGGAAAAGGUGAAGGUCCAGCAAUCGGAAUCGACCUGGGGACGACGUACUCCUGCGUCGGAGUGUGGCAGCACGACCGCGUGGAGAUUAUAGCCAAUGAUCAGGGAAACAGAACGACUCCGUCCUACGUCGCGUUCACGGACACCGAACGUCUUAUUGGCGAUGCUGCGAAGAAUCAAGUUGCCAUGAACCCUAUUAACACAGUUUUUGAUGCAAAGCGAUUGAUUGGGAGGAGAUUCUCUGAUCCUUCGGUACAGAGUGACAUGAAGUUAUGGCCAUUCAAGGUGAUCCCAGGUUCUGGUGACAAGCCAAUGAUAGUAGUCACAUACAAGGGCGAGGAAAAACAGUUCUCAGCGGAGGAAAUCUCUUCAAUGGUUCUAACCAAGAUGAAGGAGAUUGCAGAGGCUUAUCUUGGAACCACAAUCAAGAAUGCUGUGGUCACUGUCCCUGCUUACUUCAAUGACUCCCAACGACAGGCCACUAAGGAUGCUGGAGUCAUCUCUGGACUCAAUGUUAUGCGUAUAAUCAAUGAACCUACCGCAGCUGCAAUUGCAUAUGGGUUGGACAAGAAAGCAAGCAGCUCGGGUGAGAAGAAUGUUCUCAUCUUUGACCUGGGCGGUGGCACUUUUGAUGUUUCUCUUCUUACGAUAGAAGAGGGAAUCUUCGAGGUCAAAGCCACGGCAGGUGACACUCAUUUGGGAGGUGAAGAUUUUGAUAACAGAAUGGUGAACCACUUCGUUCAGGAAUUCAAGAGGAAACACAAGAAGGAUCUCAGUGGAAACCCAAGGGCAUUGAGGCGGCUAAGGACAUCCUGCGAGAGGGCAAAGAGGACUUUGUCAUCCACUGCUCAGACCACCAUUGAAAUUGAUUCCUUGUUUGAGGGAAUUGAUUUUUACACUACCAUUACUAGGGCAAGGUUUGAGGAGUUGAACAUGGACCUAUUUAGGAAGUGUAUGGAGCCAGUGGAGAAGUGUUUGAGAGAUGCCAAGAUGGAUAAGAGCAGCGUCCAUGAUGUUGUCCUCGUGGGUGGAUCCACUAGGAUUCCCAAGGUUCAGCAAUUGCUGCAGGACUUCUUCAACGGCAAAGAGCUUUGCAAGAGCAUCAAUCCUGAUGAAGCUGUUGCUUAUGGUGCUGCUGUCCAGGCUGCUAUUCUGACUGGAGAAGGAAACCAGAAAGUUCAAGACCUGUUGCUGCUGGAUGUCACUCCCCUCUCCCUUGGCCUGGAGACUGCUGGUGGGGUUAUGACCGUUUUGAUCCCAAGGAACACAACCAUCCCCACCAAGAAAGAGCAAGUCUUCUCCACUUACUCAGACAACCAGCCUGGUGUGCUGAUCCAAGUCUAUGAAGGAGAGAGGACCAGGACCAAGGACAACAACUUGUUGGGCAAAUUUGAGCUAUCUGGCAUACCCCCAGCCCCCAGGGGUGUCCCGCAGAUCACAGUCUGUUUUGACAUUGAUGCCAAUGGUAUCCUCAAUGUUUCAGCUGAAGACAAAACAACUGGCCAGAAGAACAAAAUCACCAUCACCAAUGAUAAAGGAAGACUCUCCAAGGAGGAGAUUGAGAGAAUGGUGCAAGAGGCAGAGAAGUACAAGUCUGAAGACGAGGACCACAAGAAGAAGGUGGAUGCUAAGAACGCCUUGGAAAACUAUGCCUACAACAUGAGGAACACAAUGAAGGAUGAGAAAAUAGGUGCCAAGCUCCCACCUGCUGACAAGAAAAAGAUUGAGGAUGCAAUUGAGGAAGCCAUCCGGUGGCUUGACAGCAACCAACUGGCAGAGGCGGAGGAGUUUGAAGACAAGAUGAAGGAGCUGGAGGCAUUGUGCAAUCCGAUCAUAGCUAAGAUGUACCAGGGUGGUGGAGCUCCAAUGGAUGAUGAUGAUGAUGACGCUCCUCCUGCCAGUGGUGCGGGACCAAAGAUUGAGGAGGUCGAUUAAAUCAGGGAAUCGCAGUUUGAUACCAUUAUGAUGUGGUUAUGUUAAUGGUGCUGGAGUCGUGUCUCUUUUCUAUGUAAUGGGCUCUGAUUUCAUGUAGCUUUUGAUGCUUUUGUUUCUAAAUAUAACUUCACAUCUUUUGUGUUCAUUCUCUUCUAGUAAUUAAUAUUAGUUUAUUACAACUUUUGUUAGCAUCAAAGACAUGGAUUGCCACACUUUCCAAUGGACAGGGACGGAUACCAUAACUGAAAGCUUCAUACACACUCACUCUGCAAUUGGAGGGAGCUUUCAAGGAGCCUGCCUAUAAACUGAGGCACAACGUUGUUCUCCUUUAAAGUUUAAACCUUUGCAGCAUUGCCCAAAAUCACAUUGAACUCAGCCCAUAACGUUACGCAUACCAUUUAACUUUCUAAGCCAUAUUCCCCAAUUUGGCCCAUAUAAGUUAGGCCCGAUUACUACAAACAAAGACCUCCCAUUUUCAUACAAUCUGACCCAUCACUCCCCCACAAAUGGAUUUCACCGACUCACCGUCUCCGUCCUCGUCCACCCAGGUCUCUCUUCGUCCCCUGCCUCCUCUAUCAUCCUCCUAUUUUAGAGCCGCAGCUCCCAGUAUCCGAGUUAUCCUUAAAUCGUCUCUUCGACGAGUAACCAAAAUGUCACUUCAAUGAGUCCGCGAAGACAGUUAUGACGGCGCAGUUAUAUGAGGUGGGUGCAAAAAAACCGGGGAAAAAAUUGGAGCCUACACUAUCCUGGAUGUGGAUGUUCCAAUGCUUGCUGGAUUGGCUAAUACCGAUGGUCCUCUCUAUCUAGAAUAGCCGACCUCUUUCAAAUCGAUGAAACUGAUGGCGAUUCUGAAGGCUCACAGUGUCAUUAGAGCAUUACGUCAAACAGUUGUCAUAUCUCCUUCCAAUGCUAAACUCCAUUUCAGUUUCUGCACCCAAGUUCCAACUUCGUCUCUCGGUUCAGAAACAGAGGAUGUGCAUAAUGUAUUGAAAGAAGAAAGUGAAGAAGACGAUAAGGAAUCAGAAUUAAAGAGCUUGAGUUGGAGGAUAGAAAACUUGCCCAGAGCAGAGCCGGUUGGGCCAGCUUUCCAAAGCUGGAUGGGCGAUGGCUUUCCCAUCCACAGAGGCCAUAUCUUCCAUACCAUAAACCGCUUGCGCAGGCGCAAGUCCACAAAACGCGCUCUGGAGGUGAUGGAAUGGGUUAUAAGGGAGAAGCCAUACAAGCCGAAGGAGCUAGAUUAUUCGUAUUUAUUGGAAUUCACUUCUAGAUUUCAUGGGGUAUCUCAAGGUGAAAGUUUGUUCUCCCGAAUUCCCUCCAAAUUGCAAAAUGAUUUACUCUACAACAAUCUAGUGCUUGUUUGCUUGGAAAGAGGGAUGAUCAGACUCUCACUAGCAUACAUGAAGAAAAUGAGAGAGCUUGGCCAUCAGAUAUCACAUCUAGUUUUUAACCGCCUUAUCAUUCUCCAUGCUUCCCCUGGACGAAGAAAAUGUAUACCGAAAAUCCUAACUCAGAUGAAAGCCGACAAGGUGACUCCGCAUGUUUCCACCUUUAAUAUUCUGCUAAAGAUUGAAUCUAAUGAUCACAACAUUGAAGGCUUGCUCAAAGUGUUUAAUGAUAUGAAGAGAGUUAAGGUUCAACCUAAUGAGGUAACAUACUGCAUUUUAGCUACUGCCCAUGCUGUGGCAAGGCUGUAUACAGUGUGUGAAACUUAUGUUGAAGCUAUUGAGAAGUCUGCAACUGGUAAGAACUGGUCUACCUGGGACAUUCUUGUUAUAUUGUAUGGGUAUUUAGGGAAACAAAAGGAGCUGGAGAGGACAUGGGGAAUCAUCCAAGAACAUCGCCAGGUUACGUCUAAGAGCUUCAUGUUGGCUAUUGAAGCAUUUGGGAGGAUUGGAGAUCUAAACAGAGCUGAAGGACUGUGGUUGGAAAUGAAAUCAGAAAAGGGUUUGAAAUCAAUUGAUCAGUUCAACUCGAUGAUAGCAGUGUACUGUCGGCAUGGUCUGGUCACAAAAGCAACUAUGCUGUAUAAAGAGAUGGGGGCAUGUGGGUUGAAAGCAAAUUCCAUAACUUUCCGGCAUCUUGCUUUAGGUUGCUUAAAAGCCGGACUAAUGAAGGAAGCCAUGAAAACUCUGGACCUUGGGAUGGAUAUGACUACAAGCAUAAAGGUCAAAAGGUCGACUCCAUGGUUAGACACUACUCUUACAAUAAUUGAAAUUUUGGCAGAUAAUGGGGAGCUCGAAAUGGUAGAGAAGUUGUUUGAAGAACUGAAGAAAGCAAAAUAUAUAAGGUACACAUUUGUGUACAAUGCAUUGAUUAAGGCAUAUGUGAAGGCAAAUGUAUAUGAUCCCAAUCUUCUAAAAAGGAUGGUGUUAGGAGGGGCCAGGCCAGAUUCUGAGACUUACAGUUUACUAAAGCUCAUUGACCAAUUCAAAACUUGACGCUAAUUGUCGAUGCAUGUUCUCAUCUGUUACUCAUGUUAUUUAUCUUCUUUUUUUGGGUGAUUGCAUUGCUAAUGGGAAACAAUUGUUGAUACAUAUUGUGUUCCACCUUUAUAUUAUAUUGCAGAGAAAAUUAUAGAUUUUGUUGUUGCUGAGAGAAAUAGAUUAUGAAGUGAAAGUUUGCUAUUGAAUUGUUUGGAAGGAGUGGAGAUCUAAACCAAGCCCAAGGAAUGUGGUUCAGAUCUCCAAGACAAAAUUCUUUUUGUUUUUUAAAUUCUUUAAAAAAAAAGAUUAUUUUUUAAAAUAUUAUGCA